ACACGAGCAGUGUUUAUGAAUGGUGUGCCGCGGCUACAGAGAUGGACGGUACCGGUGUGAAAGCUGUGUUGUUUGACCUGGACAACACUCUCAUAGAAACGAGCCAGGCAAGCAAAGAGGCGCUACGCCAGACAAGCAAGCUGUUGAAGAGCACCCUGGCCCUCGAUGACACAACAGUUAGCAGGAUUUGUGACAAGUUCCUGCAGAAAUUGUACCACGAGACUUUCAAACUGUCUGGCCUCUGGUCUAUUGAUGAGGUCCGUGUUGGUCACUGGUUGGAGAGCAUCCAGGAGGUUGUUGGCAGCUGUCCCUCGCCUUCUCUGGCCGCUGAUUGCUACUACCUGUGGAAGAACAGCCGCCUGAAGGCUCUCCAUCUGUCCUCUGAAAUUUGCGACCUCCUCAGACAGCUGAGACGCAGGUACAAGCUGCUGCUGCUGACCAACGGGGAGACCCAGACACAGAGAGAGAAGGUGGUGGCAGUCGGCUGUGAGAAGUUCUUUGAUGCCAUUGUGAUCGGUGGAGAACACCCCGAGCAGAAACCGUGUGUCUCCAUCUUCAGGUUGUGUUUUAACAUGCUGCAGGUGGAGGCUCAGGACUGCAUCAUGGUGGGAGACUCUCUGGACACAGACAUUCAAGGGGGGAUUAAUGCUGGAGUCAGGGCAACGGUUUGGAUCAACAGAGGAGGAUCUGUACCAGAUGGAUCAGUGAAACCAGAUUACACCAUUCCUACAGUCCUGGACCUGCCAGAUAUUCUAAAGCAACUCAAGUGAGGACAUGUGAUCGAGGACGACUGCCACUCUGAGAGGGAAUUUUUAAUUAUGGGUCUGGCUGUGUCUGAAAAUGCAUACUGUAAUACUAAUGAUACCAAAGAUGCCACAUUGAGUAUGUAUGCUGUGAAUUAAUACUACGCAAUUUGUUUGUAAGAAAUAUCUGGAUGUUUAAUUGUUUAGUAGGGAUGCACACUAUUAUCAACAUGAUGUCUGUAUCAGCAGAUAUUAGCUCAAAAAGUUAGGUACUGGUAUCGGCAAAUCCCUGAGUAGAGGCUUGUCUUGAUUAUUUGCUGGAAAUUUUACUAAAGUGUGUGGGGUCAGCACAAUUAUUUACAGCUCCAAAUCAUGUUGUAGCCUCCCAGACCCUGCAUGACCGUCUGGCUGCAGCCCGUUCAUCUCUGACAGCCACUCUCGCAGACCAUUCAUCUGAGGCCCCGUCCAUACAGAGACGAAUUCAGGCGUAUACUCAAAAGUUUUUUGUCGUAUCGGUGUUUCAACCACACAGAAAUGGCGUUUUGGGUGACUGUAAAUGAUACUUUUUGAAAACGGGUCCCAGAGUGCAUAAAUCCGUAAACGACUACCAUUUCGUCUCCGUGUGGACGGCUACCCGCAUCUUUCUUUAAACGAUUACGUC